AUGUCUGACAAAUCGCGCCAGACGAGUCUCUUCGAGUUCGCCUUCUGUAGGAGGGGGGGGGACCAAACCCCCAAAUCCCAAGACACGACUCAACGCCUGAGCCAAGACACAUCGCAGCCUUCAUCAUCGUCCUCCCCCGCCCCGUCGUCGUCCUCAUCGGCCACGACGCCGCAACAUUCUCAAUCCCGAUCUCAAUCCCAAUCUCAGUCCCGACACACAGGCGGCGGCGACCGCUCCAAUCCUUCGCUCGCCUCCGUCUCGGCCGAAACCCGCGCCGUCCUCCCCCAGGUCCUUCCUCACCUGCCGCACCUCGACGCAACCAAGUCCGAAUCCCUGCACAUGGACUACCUCCCGCCGCUCAAGUCCUCGGCCUGCCCCGCGCACCGGCCCCGCGCGCGGAUCCGGAUCGUCAAUGCCGACAGUUUGAACGCGGCCAUCGACCUCGCGGCGCUGCGGCCCGACGGCGGCCGCGUUGCCGUGCUCAACAUGGCCUCCGACAUCCACCCGGGCGGCGGCUGGCUCAAGGGCGCCGUCGCGCAGGAGGAGGCCAUGUGCUACCGCUCCUCGCUGUACCUCAGCCUCCACGCGCGGUACUACCCCUUGAAGCGCCGCGGCGGCGUGUACACGCCCGACGUCGUCGUCGUCCGUGGCGACAUGGCGGGCGGCCACCGGCUGCUCGUCCCCGGGGUCGCGUACGCCGACCUGCCGGUCGUGAGCGUCCUCAGCGUCGCGGCGAUUCGGAGGCCCGAGGUCAGGAGGCGGCAGGUCGUCACGGCGGCGGGGACGCGGGAGGACGUGUACGUGUUCGCGCGGGCGGCGGACCGGGCGCUGACGAUGGAGAAGAUGCGGCUGUGCCUGCGGAUGGCGGCGAGCCGCGGCCACAGCCUGCUGGUGCUGGGCGCGCUGGGGUGCGGGGCGUUCAGGAACCCGCCCGAGGAGGUGGCGGCGUGCUGGCUCGAGGUGCUGGACGAGGCCGAGUUCGGGGGCGGGUGGUGGCGGGAGGUCUGGUUCGCCGUCUACGAUCGCAAGAACGAGGGCAACUUUGAGGUGUUUGAUCAUGUGCUGGGCGGCGUCGAGGUUUGA